AUGUGGAUUCCUUCGAAAUCUCCAAAAUUAGCCGUCGCCGUUUAUAACUGGAAAGGAGAUGUUCGAUCAGGAUUACCACUUGAGAUUGGAGAAACAGUUCAAAUUUUAGAAGAAUAUGGAGGAUGGUUUCGUGGAUUCAGUACAAAUAACAGAUCUGCAUGGGGCAUAUUCCCAGCAUGUGUGGUAUCAAUUCGACCAUGUACUGUGAAAGGUACAGGUGUAUCGGCUAUUGCAGAAUUGAAAGAUGAUCCACUAGUGCGAGAAAUUGCAUGCGUCUUAAGGGAAUGGGCUCGGUUGUGGAAGAAACUUUAUGUGGAGCAUGAAGAAUAUAGAUUUGCUGCAGUAGCGAAGGUGAUGCGCGAACUUCUAAGCGGUCGACGCGCACUAUUAGCUGGUACUUUAACUCAGGAUCAAACAAGAGCGCUGAGAUUGAAACUCGUAGCGAGAUUAGAUUGGGGUAACAGG